AAGCCUAACCCCCUUAUGCAGUCCCCAUGCAGAUAUUUUACAGAUAAAGAGAAUUGCCAUAAAUAUGGACCCUGACUUUCCGCUGCCCCCUAUGCUCACCAGCUACCUGUCAUUCUUACCUGCCUAUUUGUAGAUUUACUACCAUCAGACAGCCUCAGUCCAACACACCCUUGGAAACUCCUUUCUAGAGUGCAGAAGGUGGAUUGUGCUCCACCUCCAUUUCCUCUGCAGUGUGAAGAUCUAAGCAAAAGACGGAGCGCAGAGGAAUAAAUUCCCCCUGAAACCUGGAGUGAGGAGGGCAGGAAAUAAUUCAGCAGCAGCUCCAGCAGCAGCAUCGGCAUCAACAGCGGUGGCAGCAGUGAGCGUGAGAGAGACGGAGAGAGAGGGAGUAUGUGUGUGUGUGUGUGUGUGUGUGAGCUUGAGUGAGAGCGAGUUCCUAUGCACUGUGCCGAGUGUAGCUGAGCCGUGCCGUCGCGUGGCAAGCUGUGUGUUCCCGUUUGGUUCCCAUGCGCUCUGGUAAGGGAGAGCUUAUAGAAGGGAGAGAUGUGGCUUCACUCGGAGCUCCAGCAUCAGUGAAGACCAGCACCCAGCCGGGGCAUCACAGAGCAGUAUGGUAGGACUGGAGACCCACUGCUGACACCAGCGUGACUGAUGAUGACAGCCCACGCGUGGGCUACCAUGCGCCACAGCCGCGCCGUUCUAGGAGGAAACACAGCCAUGUGAAAGUGACUCGGCUGCCAGCAACUCUUGGACAUGUUUUCCAGGGCAAAGUCUGGAUUUCUUUCUGUGUUUGAACUUGUUUUUUUUCUCUUGGUGCUGUCUGGCUGUCCCGAACUUACCUAUCAGGCAAGGACUAAAGGCAGAUGGAACAAGGGGGGAUCCCGUCUGCGCCAGGAGGACUCCCCACCCCGGAUUGUGGAGCACCCCUCUGACCUGAUUGUAUCCAAAGGGGAGCCCGCCACUCUCAACUGUAAGGCAGAGGGGCGGCCAACCCCGACAGUGGAGUGGUACAAGGAUGGAGAACGGGUGGAAACGGACAAAGAUGAACCACGUUCUCACCGCAUGCUGCUGCCCAGUGGCUCGCUUUUCUUCCUACGCAUCGUUCAUGGACGACGGAGCAAACCGGACGAAGGAGCCUAUGUCUGCGUGGCCCGGAACUACCUGGGAGAAGCUGUCAGCCGCAACGCAUCUUUGGAAGUAGCAUUGCUGCGAGAUGACUUCAGACAAAACCCUACAGAUGUGGUGGUGGCAGCAGGAGAGCCAGCAAUCCUUGAGUGUGUUCCUCCCAGAGGCCAUCCUGAACCCACCAUCUACUGGAAGAAGGACAAAGUGCGAAUUGAUGACAAGGAUGACAGGAUCACAAUUCGAGGUGGAAAACUAAUGAUCUCCAACACAAGAAAGAGUGAUGCUGGCAUGUACAUCUGUGUGGGCACCAACAUGGUUGGAGAGAGGGACAGCGAGACAGCACAAGUCACAGUGUUUGAGCGACCAACCUUCCUCCGGAGGCCCAUCAACCAGGUGGUCCUGGAAGAGGAAACAGUGGAGUUUCGCUGCCAAGUACAAGGAGACCCCCAACCCAAUGUACGCUGGAGGAAAGAUGAUAUUGAUGUUCCUCGUGGAAGGUACGAGAUCAAGUAUGACAAGGACGACUACGUGCUGAGAGUGAAGAAGGCCUCCGUUACCGAUGAGGGCACGUUCACCUGUGUGGCAGAAAACCGUGUGGGAAAGCUGGAGGCCUCCGCCACGCUCACCGUCAGAGCUCGCCCUGUCGCUGCACCCCAGUUUGUCAUCCGUCCAAGGGACCAAAUUGUGGCUCAAGGCCGCACUGCAACCUUCCCGUGUGAAACCAAAGGAAACCCUCAGCCUGCUGUCUUCUGGCAGAAGGAGGGAAGUCAGAAUUUGCUCUUUCCCAACCAACCCCAGCAGCCUAACAGUCGCUUCUCAGUGUCACCCAGUGGAGACCUCACCAUCUCAUCUGUACAGCGGGCAGAUGCUGGUUACUAUAUCUGCCAGGCCCUGACCGUUGCAGGCAGUAUCCUCGCCAAGGCUCAACUGGAGGUCACAGAUGUGCUCACAGACAGACCACCUCCCAUUAUUCGCCAAGGCCCAUCCAAUCAGACUCUUGGGGUGGACAGUCUGGCACUGUUGAAGUGCCAGGCAUCAGGAGACCCCAUCCCUUCCAUCAGCUGGCUGAAGGAUGGGGUCAGUCUGCUGGGAAAGGACCCCCGCAUGUCUCUGCAGGAGCUUGGCAGCCUGCAGAUCAAAAAUAUCAAGCUUUCAGACUCUGGGAUCUACACAUGUGUGGCUACCAGCUCCAGCGGUGAAACAUCAUGGAGUGCUUUUUUGGAAGUCAAAGAAUCAGGUGGAGUGAUGGUCACGAAGAACCAUGAUGAGAAUGAGCUUCCAGGCCCACCAUCUAAACCUCAGGUCACUGAUGUCACCAAGAACAGUGUGUCCCUGUCAUGGCAGCCUGGGAUGGCUGGAGCAUCGCCUGUCUCCUCCUUUGUCAUUGAAGCUUUCAGUCAAUCCGUGAGCAACAGCUGGCAAACGGUAGCAGAUCAUGUGAAAACCACCCAGUUUACUGUCAAAGGUCUCCGUCCCAACACCAUCUACCUGUUCAUGGUGCGGGCAGUCAACACCCAGGGUCUGAGUGAUCCAAGCCCUAUGUCUGAUCCUGUCAGAACACAAGAUAUAAGUCCUCCAGCUCAGGGUGUCGACCACAGGCACGUACAGAAGGAGCUUGGCGAGGUCAUAGUUCGGUUGCACAACCCAGUUGUCCUGAGUCCCACAACCAUUCAGGUCACAUGGACAGUGGAUCGUCAGUCCCAGUUCAUCCAGGGUUACAGAGUUCUGUACAGGCAGACAUCAGGGCUGCCCUCACCAGGACCCUGGCAGACGCAGGAUGUGAAGGUUCCUUCUGAGCGCAGUGUCAUCCUCUCUGCACUCAAGAAGGGAAUUGUGUAUGAGAUCAAGGUUCGGCCUUAUUUCAACGAGUUUCAAGGCAUGGACAGUGAAUCCAGGACGGCGAGGACAACUGAGGAAGCUCCCAGUGCACCUCCCCAGCAGGUAACAGUUCUAACUGUGGGAAACCAGAAUAGCACUUCCAUAAGCAUCUCCUGGGACCCUCCUCCACCAGACCACCAGAACGGCAUCAUCCAAGAAUACAAGAUCUGGUGUCUCGGGAAUGAGACACGUUUCCAUGUAAAUAAGACAGUGGAUGCUGCCAUACGCUCUGUGGUGGUGGGCGGACUGCAAGUAGGAGUGGUGUACCGAGUGGAAGUAGCUGCCAGCACAAGUGCAGGGGUUGGAGUCAAGAGUGAACCUCAGUCUAUCGUCAUCGGUAAGGAGUUUCGGGACGUGAUUAUACAUGGAAACCGGAACAACAGCAUCACAGAGCAGAUCACUGAUGUGGUGAAACAGCCUGCUUUUAUUGCCGGUAUCGGAGGGGCCUGCUGGGUCAUCCUCAUGGGCUUCAGCAUCUGGCUCUACUGGAGGAGAAAGAAGAGAAAGGGCCUGAGCAACUACGCAGUGACAUUCCAGAGAGUCGAUGGUGGUCUGAUGAGCAAUGGAAGCCGGCCGGGACUGUUGAAUGCCAGUGACCCAGGCUACCCCUGGUUAGCGGACUCUUGGCCAGCCACCAGCCUGCCUGUCAACAGCAGCUCUGGGGGACCCAAUGACCUGAGUAACUUUGGCCGAGGAGAUCUCCCCACUGGUCAAGGGGAUAAAACAGGCACCAUGCUCUCUGAUGGAGCCAUCUACAGCAGCAUAGACUUCACCACCAAAGCCAACUACAACAGCCCAGGCCAAACAUCCCAGGCCACUCCCUAUGCCACCACUCAGAUUCUUCACUCCAGCAGCAUCCAUGAGCUGGCUGUGGACUUGCCGGAGGCCCAGUGGAAGGCCUCACUCCAAGCUAAGCAGGAGAUGGCCAACCUGGGCUACUCCCUGCCCGACAAGAAUUCCUGCAACAACAGUGGAAAGGGAGGAAAGAAGAAGAAGACCAAGGCUGGCUCCAAACCCACCAAAGCCAAUGGGUCCAACUGGGCCAAUGUUCCCCUGCCCCCUCCCCCUGUUCACCCUCUCCCUGGCACUGAGAUGGACCAUUAUCCCAAUGAACACCAUGAGGGAGGAGGGUAUGAGAGUGAUGGUUGGGGCCCCCCCAUGCCCGUGCAGACCUAUCUACACCAGGGCAUGGAAGAUGAGUUAGAAGAAGAGGAGGAGAGGGUUCCUACCCCGCCCAUCCGAGGAGUUGCCUCUUCCCCAGCAGCUGUGUCCUUUGGGCAGCAGUCCACCGCCACCCUCACCCCUUCUCCUCGGGAUGAGAUGCAGCCCAUGCUCCAGGCCCAUUUGGAUGAGCUGACAAGAGUAUACCAACUGGACAUGGCAAAGCAGACAUGGCACAUGCAGGGAGGCUCUCUUCCUCCACAGGCUCCAGCUCCUCCAGUGGGCUACGUGUCGAGCACAAUGGUUUCUGACCAGGAGACUGACCUGCCUGAUGAGGAGGAGGAGGAAGAGGAGGAGGAGGAGGAUGAGGGCUAUGGAGCCAGGCAUCCCCGCGGUAUUGAGCACACACCAGGGUCUAGCAUGGACAACCUGGACAGCUCUUUAACAGGGUCCAUGGUGAAUGGGUGGGGCUCAGCCUCGGAGGACGACCGUAAUUUCUCCAGCCAUAGGUCCAGUUUGGGCAGUUCAUCUGAUGGUUCCAUCUUUACCCACUGCAGCUUUGCCCAGGCCCUGGUGGCCGCUGCAGACAAGGCAGGCUACCGCCUGGAGGGCACUAGCCUCAGCAAGAGAGGUAAAGGCUUGUCCCACAGGCCCCGGCCCAGCAGUCCGUUCUCAACAGAUGGCAGCACAGUCGGCACACACAGCUUGGGCCACCAGAGGGCCACCAGGCCCACACGCAAACCCCGAAGCCAGGGCACAGCACCCCACCGGAGAGAUGCUGGUGCAGACGACCUACCUCCUCCUCCUGAGCCUCCUCCCUGUCAGGGGCAGGGCCGUAUCCAGGGGGCCCGCAGCAUAAGCAGCAUGGUGCCCCCCACAGAUAGGAAGGCUUCUUCUCUGGAGCGUCCACCUAUGGCAGGACCCCUGUCUGGGCCAGAUGACGUGAAGAGCUCCAUCGACAGACAGACACGUACUUCUCUGGAACAUCAUCGCCAGGCUCAAGACAGGCUGGGCUCCAUGGACCGGGCUGAUGAUGGGCGCAGGGGACACAAAACAGAGGAUGGGUGCCUGCCAUACAGUAAACCAUCGUUCCCCUCCCCCGGUGGACACAGCUCCUCUGGCACAGCCUCCUCCAAGGGCUCAACAGGGCCACGUAAGACCGAAGGUCCACGACAGCCACAACAGUGGACCGCCACAGAGCAUGCUGAAUUCCUGGGGACCAACGGACAGGGACAGUUCUCGGGGGAGUUAUAGUGAUCUGCCUGGGAUGUGAACUGGAGAAAACCCAGGCUGUCCACAAAAGAAUGAUGCCUUCCUUGUUGGGGCAACGAACUUUGUCCUUUCCUGUGUGUUCUCAGAGGGAAGAAGUGCAGCAGAGGGCACUACAGAGAAAAGCAGUGUCACAGAACUGUAAAUGUGAUGUAUAGACACAGACAUACUGUACAUCUCACUAUGUUUUCGUCCUCAAGAAAAUAUUUUCCACCUCCUACCUUACUGUAAUUUUCUUUUUGUUAGAAAAAGGCAAGUAAAAAAAAAAAAGAAAACAUCUAUAUGAGAACAAAUUUUCUGGUAACUGCCCUUGGGAAAAAGGGAAUUUUGUUUCCUGUAAAUAUAUUCUUUAACUUGUCGUUGCAUUGCUAUGCAAGCCUAAUUCAGUUUGAGCUUUUUAUUUCCAUAUAAAGGAACAGUUGGUUUUAUCUGGUUAUUUGUAUUAUAUGUGAAUUGAGUGGCUGUUGUGCCAUAAAAUAAUUGUUUUAUAAUCCAUUGUUUGUUAAUAGUUACCAUUAAUUAUUAUCAUUAUUAUUAUUAAUUAUUGUUUUUGCACUGCAAUUUUUGGUGAUAAGCACAAAAACAUAGCUCCUGCUGACAUGAAGAACCGGAAGAAUAUGUGAAGAGGAGUUUCUGUACUGUAAAGUAAAGAGAAGAAAAUUAUAUACUAAUGUACAGAGAGAUAUUAAAGAGUAAGGCUUUGCUCACAGACAGCAACAAAUAAGGCACCCAUUUUCAUAGAUGAGACUAAUUGGGUGGCAGACACACAAGGUUCCCGAGGGUCUGAAGAACAGAUAUGAGGCUAGAAUUGUAUGCAGAGGAUACUGUAUUACUGUAGGUGACUGAGUUGAUUAUUUAAUUCCUAAUUAGCUGUUAAGAAACAUUUAGUGCUCAGUGUUUUCAUAAACAGACUGAGGGAGAGUGUGUGUGCGUGGGAGGGUUGUUUGUUUUUUACAAGGGUCUCCCAGCAUUUCAAGUUUUGUUUUUUUUAAUGCCUAAAUAAUUUUUUAAUUUUACCACACUAAGUUUACGCUCCUCAUUCAGCAUUAACAGCACACUAACCAUAAAACAGUCAAAAGCAAGGAGGAGUCAGUGAAAUCUGUCUGCAUGCUGUAGCUCAGUCAUAGCACUUACAAAGACAGAUUUAUGAUUCUUCUAAGGCCUUAAUAGGUGAGCAGACAUCCCAGACAAAGGAGUAUUUAUUGUGAUCAGAAGCAGUUAUACUCUCAAACCUACUUAAAACAUCAGUGGAGCAAUAUAAUUUGUUUACAUCUUUUUGUUUUAUUUUUUCAUCUUUUAUUUCCAUUCAUUGUUAAUAUUGUUUGCUUUUUUGAGCACUUACUGUGUUAUGUUUGUUAUAUUACACUGUAUAUGGUACAGUGUCAUUCAAGAGAACAACACAUUGACCUGUUUGGUCCAGCUAAGUGCUGUUAAAUUAAGUGAUCUGUUGAAGCAGUUGUUGCUCUAAAAGUUGGUGCCUCAGUUACCAAAACACUAUGAUCAGCACAGUCUUGUGUCAUGAACUUUGAGAGGAAAUGGAGUGUGUAUGAUUUAUAAUGUAGCUUUGAGUCGGUGUUGGAUCCCAAACAGUCGAGUGGUAACGGAGAAAAGCCUUGUAUAUUAACUAUAGCAGGUCCCACUGCUUCAUGUCUGCAGCCACAGUGUGGAGCAGAACACUUUCUAUCUGCCUGACCGCCACAAAACACUCACACUUAUCAUCUGCCGCUUUCGACUUCUCAGCCUCUGAAUCUCAAUUUUUGUCUUUCCAGACAAUGUUUUUAUUGGUUGUCCUUUUUUAACGAAAAGCUUGUUUCUUUGUAUGCCUUCUAUGAACUCCAAAACGCUGAUUACAACAAUGUUUUCAAUAUUAAUGUUCAGGAUUUUUGUGGUUCAAUGACUGUUUGUUUUGUCUUUUUUUGUACUGCUAAUGUUGAUAAAAGGGGGGUGGAAACUAAAGGCUGUCAGAUGCUGUUGUACUGUUGUUGUCAUGCCAUCGUCAUUUUAUAUCAUCCACCCAGUGGCCAGUGUUCUGGAAAUGAGGUGCAAAGAGUAUCUCAGGUUAUUUUACAUUCUGGUGGUGUUUAUGUAUGUGUAUAUAUGUGUAUAUAUCCAUAUGCAUCUCCACUUGAUUAUGCCAUUCCGUUCUCAUUGACAAAAAUAUCCCUCUCAUGUCCGAUUCUGUCGUCCCCCUCUUUUCUUUUCUGCUGUGCAUUUUGAUUCUGAGUAUGAUGUGCUGGUUCAUCCACCUAAAGACAAGAUGUCAGUAAAAGAACAUACCAAAUUAAGAUUGAUAUUUCUAAUGUCUAAUGCGUUCUAGUGUCUCUUUAAUACUCAUUGUUUUCUUUUAAAUCACAGUGUCGUUUUGUAUUUAUUAAAAUGAUAAUAAAAGUAUAUUGUGAAAUAUGCAUAAA